UCUCCUCCCGUUUCCUUCGGAUGGUGUUCUUAGACUGGGCUGAAAUACGAGUCUCUGCUGCGAGUUGAGACCAAUAACCAGCCCGUUUCAUUAGCAGCGGACGGCAGGAGGGCAGCUGUGAGUUCAUGAGAUGUUUCCCGGACGAUGCGCUUUAUCCGGCCGCUAGAAGCGCGAAUAUGGCCUAUUAUUUGUGUGACAUUAGAUAAAGGGAGUGCACCUUGCGUCCGAGAGCAUGGAGGUGACGUAUGCUGCUUUACAGCUUCUGCGGUUUGAUGCGUAGAAACACUUCUCACGAACAAAGAUGGAUUUACCUCGUCGUUUUCCGGACCCGGUUCUCAACCCGAUGUUGUUCAACGAAUCCGCGGCACCCGUCGGUAUGAAUGAAGCGUGUGCGGCUGGGAGCGGGUCCGGCGCCAUGGCAACCAGCGCGUUGAGAAACGACCUGGGCUCCAACAUUCAUGUGUUAAAGACUCUAAAUCUCCGCUUCCGCUGCUUCCUCUCCAAAGUCCACGAGUUAGAGCGCAGAAAUAAGUUAUUGGAGAUCCAGCUGCAGCACGCCCAAGAGCAAUCCCGGUACCGGCUGCUGUUUUCCCGGGAGCAAGCGGUCCAGACGAACCUCGAGCUGCCUUACUCAAACGCACUGUGUCAGUCAAGACUCCCCGGCAGAAUCUGGAGUUUCUCACACACCGCCAGAUACGGAGGACGGUUUGAGACCCAUCAGGGGCCUGGAGUGUCCUGGACUCAUCCCGACGGCGUCGGGGUUCAGAUUGACACCAUCACACCUGAACUCAGGGCCUUGUACAAUGUUUUGGCCAAAGUCAAGCGCGAGAGGGACGAGUACCGGAGAAAAUGGGAGGAGGAGGUGUCUAAGCGUCAGCAGAUGGAGUCAUUGGUGGAGACCUUACAGGAGCUCUCUUUACAGACUGUUCAGUCAUCUGAAGCUGUGCAGGGAGAACUGAAUGAGAAGAUGGAACGUCUUAAAACAGAGCUGGUGGUCUUCAAAAGCCUCAUGCCUCAUGAUGAAGUGUCUGACUUGGACACUAAAAUUCAAGAGAAAGCCAUGAAGGUUGAUAUGGACAUCUGCAGACGCAUCGACAUCACAGCUAAGCUUUGCGACGUGGCACAGCAGAGGAACUCAGAAGACAUGAGCAAGAUACUGCCAUCCAGAGCUCCUCCUGAACAGAAAGGGGGGAUGGCGGUAUGCAGGAGGAAGGAGUUUAAGGGUGAAUCGGAGGAGCAGAGUUUGGAGACCGAUGGUGAUUCUGGUCAACAAGAGGAGGAUGUGCCUGGUUCUCUCAACAUCACUGACGAGAUGAAGAGGAUGCUCAACCAGCUAGGUUGCUCAGCUAAUUGGUUUGUUGGCAGGCGGGAAACGUUUGAGUUUGACGAUGACUGCGACAGUUUGGCGUGGGAGGAGACGGAGGAGACGCUUCUGCUCUGGGAGGAUUUCAGUAACUAUAACAGUCUGAACCUCACCACAACGGCUGCAAGCACAGUCCCCACAGCAUCCUGCACGACUGACUCUCAUGGAGAGACACACGAGCAGGAUCGAAGUCUGGGAAGCCUCAUAAAUGAAACGGAGUGCCUCUUUAAGACCAGAGAGCAGGAGUACCAGGACACCAUCGGUCAGAUUGAGCUGGAAUUGGCCACAGCCAAGAAUGACAUGAACAGACACCUGCAUGAGUACAUGGAGAUGUGCAGUAUGAAGAGAGGCCUGGACGUUCAGAUGGAGACCUGCCGGAGGCUCAUCCAAAGCACAGCCACCACCGGCAGACAAUCGCCUUCCCUCAGCUCUGUGGCCAGCAGUGAUUCAGGAAACACAGAUGACAUCCAGGACGAGCUGGAGCCUGAUGGAGCGAGAGACGAAGAGAAAGAAGGGGCGCUAGAGGCGAACGGAGAAGUUAGAUGAUGAGCAGCCCUUCAUCGUUCUGGUCUCUCCGCUUCUUUGUGAACCAGUCGCUCUUUUACGUGUCUGGUCACUUUUUCUUACACGGUACAGAUGAGUGUGGAAUUUGAGAUUCCCAAAGAGCAAGUAUUGGUGCUUUCUAUGCUGUCUUAGAGCAGGACUAGCCGAAAUAAGGCGGUUCCCUCUUCAUCAGCACUGCCAAGGCAUGGCUCCAUAGUCUUCCUCACUAGCUUUAACUGAGGUCACACUUUAUAGUAUGAUGAAUACCGUAAUGCAUAUUAAAAUAUAGAAAUUACAUAUAUUUUAUUAUAAUAAUAAUAUAUUGUUAAUAUAAUAUAAAUAUUAAGGUAUAUGUAUUAAAUACACAAUUUCCGCUAUCUAUAUUGCUCAUUUGUUUACAUAAAUCCGAAAGGCAACUUACACAACCACAAUCAGUAUAAAUAACAGAUUAAUACACGUUAUAAAGGAAAGUAUCACUAUACAUCGGGCUCUGAAAUAAAUUCUGGCUUCUAACAUCACAAUAGUUAAUAGAUGCAAUAUGCUUCCUAAAAUAUCUCCGCUCCGGAUCAGUUCAGAUGUUUUCACCACAUGCAAUUGUUGCUGAACUAAACCACUGUGCACUAAGAUCUAUGCAAUAAUCUGGACUGGCGUUGUAUUUUGCGAUUGCCUUUGCUGAGACAGAUUCGGUAUGCGUGAGGUGAUUCUCCUUAAGUGCAGUUUUUCCCUUGUUUCUUUGUAUUUUCUCUUUCAGUGUUGGAGAGUAGCGGUGGAACCCAAACAUGUGUGCCUACAAAUAUGCUGUAUACAAUAUCUUAGUUGCCUUAUAUUUUUCUCUGAAUAUUUUGAAGCCAUGCUUUUGCUCUUGUAUACACCAUUAAAUCCUCAAUCGGAUCUCAUCCAUGAUGACGUAAAAUGUAUGUCUUAAGAUGUUAAAUGGUGUGAAAUAAUAAGGUUUUGGAUGAUCUCAAGAGUUAGAAGCCAUAUCAAGCUGCAGAAUAGCUACUGAAAAUAACUUUUGCUGUUACUUUUAGUUUAAUGUGUGGGUCAUUCUCAGGAAAAUAUGGUAUUUGUGCUAAACAUUCUGACUUUUAGUUUCUAAAAAAAUAAGUUUACAAGUUACAAUACCUGUUAUCAAAGUACAUAUACUAAGCAUAAAGCGCUAUGUUAUUUCAGCCACAUCACAAUGAAAAAUAUAUAAUUUAUAAACUUGCUAUAGAGAAUUGAGUAGAUUCUGUAGAUUUUGUAUCACUCAGAUUCAUUGUGCCUUGAAGUAUAUUUAUAAAAUAAAAAAUAACUAAUAAUAUUAACAUUUUGUCAGAAAGAAAGAGUCACAUGGAAGUGCAAAUUCUGCAUUUUUCAGAAAAAGCAUGAGAUUUUUAAAAAUACUAGACAGUAAAAGCAUGAAAUUUCAAUAAAAUACAAAUUUAGUCUGAACAAAAAGAAAAUAUAUUUUUAUUUAAAGUGAAAUAGUGAUAAAUGAGACAAUUUCCAGACAUUUCAUUUAAAAAAUACAUUUAAAAUUAAAAAUGUUUUUAUUUAAAAAAAAAAAACACUAUUUAUUUUGCAUUACAAACAGUCAAACUGACUGAUUAAUGUGAAGAGGCACACCAUGUCAUCAUUUCCUAAGAAUGGCCCACACUGUCCCCGUCACCAAAAUGUGUGUAAUUGUUCAAGAGGUGGCCAGAAAAUACAGAAAUGUUUGCACAUUAUUUAUUUGUAAUUCAGUUUUGAAACAAAAUGGAUGCUCACGUUACCAUAUAACUUGUUUUGCUAAAUAUAUAUUUUUCUUACCUUUUGUUUUUCGAUCAAUUACCAUGUAUUGAUUGAUUGAUAAAAACAGUAUCUGGGUGAUUGAGGUUUGCUAUUAUUGCCUUUUUUAAGUAAUGGAAAUGAAUCAUUCCAUGUUUUACAAUGCUCUAUAUGAGUAUUCGGAUGUUAUACGUUGAUACAGUUUAUGAUUUAUAUUUCUUGCCUUAAAUGUGGGUCAUUCUAAUAAAAUGUAUCAGUUUGUGCUGUAUACUAAAGAAAUCAGCUGACUAAUCCUGUGCUGAAAUCAGCAUGUCUGAGAAUGUCUGGAAAUGAGAAUUUGUUUUUGGAAAUCCGGAGGACUAUGCAAGUCUUAUGUAAUUGUAGUCCGAUUUUAUGCUGGUUUUAAAUAAAAAAAAAGUUUGCCUUA